AUGGCCAAAGAUAGAAGUAAGAAAGACUCUGUGAGAAUGAGUAUAAAGGGUCACACCAACAAUGGAUUUGUGCAAAAUGAAGCAGUCACCGAAAGACAAAUCGACGGCAGCAACCAAGUCGAUUCACUGAAGACAAGGACUAUUGACAUCCACCCCCAAGAGCUGGAUCCUAUCAAGCCAUAUGCAGGGAUGCCCAAAGAAGUCCUGCUUCUGUACUCAAGCCAAGCACGGUACAGAGUCACCCGAGAGAUCCUCUUCUGGCUCAUCGUUGUAUCUGUGCUUGUGCUCAUCAGUUCAACCAUUGCAAUUAUUGCCCUAUCUCCAAAGUGCCUUGAUUGGUGGCAAGCCAGUCCUAUAUACCAGAUCUACCCACGUUCUUUUAAGGACAGCAACCAGGAUGGCAAUGGUGAUCUGAAAGGUAUACAAGAGAAACUUGACCACAUCAUAAAUUUAAAUGUAAAGAAUGUGUGGAUUACUUCUUUUUAUAAAUCAUCCAUUAAAGAUUUCCGAUAUGCUGUUGAAGAUUUCCAAGAAAUUGAUCCCAUCUUUGGAACAAUGAGAGAAUUUGAGAAUCUUGUUACAGCUAUACAUGAUAAAGGUUUGAGACUCAUAAUGGAUUUUAUACCAAAUCACACAAGUGAUAAACAUAGUUGGUUUCAACUGAGUCGGAAUCGGACUGGCAAAUAUACAGAUUAUUACAUCUGGCAUAACUGUACACACGUAGAUGGCAUGACAAUACCACCCAACAACUGGUUGAGUGUCUAUGGAAACUCUAGUUGGCAGUAUGAUGAAGUGCGAAAUCAAUGUUAUUUUCACCAGUUUUUGAAAGAGCAACCUGAUUUAAAUUUGCGUAAUACUGAUGUCCAGGAGGAAAUAAAGGAAAUCAUGCAGUUUUGGCUUGGAAAGGGUGUUGAUGGAUUUAGUUUUGAUGCCGUUAAAUUUCUUCUAGAAGCAACACAUCUGAGAGAUGAACCUCAAGUGGAUAAGACUCAAAACCCGGACAUGGUUACCAACUAUUCUGAGCUGUAUCAUGAUUAUACCACCACUCAAGUUGGGAUGCAUGACAUACUCCGCAGCUUUAGGCAGACCAUGGACCAGUACAGCAGGGAGCCUGGUAGAUACAGAUUUAUGGGAACUGAAGCAAGUAACCAGGAAGGCAUUGAAGAAACCAUGAUGUACUAUGGAACAUCUUUUAUCCAAGAAGCAAAUUUUCCCUUCAAUUUUUACCUCACAGAAAUGACUACUCUCUCUGGAACCGAGGUCUUUGAAGUUGUGGCAUCCUGGAUGAAGAACAUGCCAGAAGGAAACUGGCCCAAUUGGAUGAUUGGAGGACCUGACAUUACUCGGUUAACUUCUCGUUUUGGAAAAGACUAUGUCAAUGUCAUGAAUAUGCUAAUCUUAACACUUCCUGGGACACCUAUAACUUACUAUGGUGAAGAAAUAGGAAUGGAAGAUAUUUUAGCAGCAAACUUAAAUGAAAACUAUGAUACUACCCUGCUUUCCAAAUCACCAAUGCAGUGGGAUAACAGCUCCAAUGCUGGUUUUAGUGAAGGGAACCAAACCUGGCUACCCACUAACACCAAUUACCAAGUUCUGAAUGUUGAUGUUCAGAAGAAUCAAGACACUUCUCCCCUGAAGCUGUAUCAAGAAUUAAGUUCCUUGCGUCUCAAUGAGCUGCUUCUCAGCCGGGGCUGGCUGUGCUACAUUUGGCAUGAUGCUAACAUUCUGGUGUACACAAGGGAACUUGAUGGUCUAGACAGAGUCUUUACCAUAGUGCUGAAUUUUGGAGAAACAACAGAGGUGAAUUUGCAGGCUCUUUCUAUAGGACUCCCGGCAAAAGCAAGCAUAAAGCUGAGUACCACGUUCACUAACAGAGGGGAGACUGUGGCCACGAAUGCAGUAAGAACCGAGAAGGGGGAAGGACUCAUUCUGGAGCACAGACUGACCAAACUCCUGCACCGUCAAGAAGCCUUCAAAGACAAGUGUCUUGUUUCAAACAAAGCAUGUUAUUCCCGCUUCUUAAAUAUCUUGCACAGUUCCUGCUGAGAUGCUGUCAUUGGUCAUCUUUGGCUUGAUAGACGUUAGUAAACAUAAUGAACACUCAUCAAUUAUAAUUCUUAAGAAUUUCUACAGCUUGAAUCUGCUUUAGAAAAGUUGUCCAAUACUCUUAAAAAUGCAAUAAACACAGAAAAGAAAAUCA